UCAUUUCUGCUCUUCCAUUUACAAUUUCUCCUUCCGUACUUCCGUAUUCAUGCAUGCCAUUGCUUUCUUGACGAUUUUCCAUUUCUCACAGGCUAUAGAAUCAGGCUUUGGAUAUGGGCAGUGGCUCCAUGGAGAAGCUGUUGCAGCUGGCACGGUUAUGGCAAUUGACAUGUCCUAUCGCCUUGGCUGGAUCGACCGUAGCAUUGUAGAGCGAGUCCACAAUAUCUUAAAGCAGGCCAAGCUUCCCACUGCACCUCCUGAGAUGAUGACUGUGGAGUUAUUCAAAUCUGCCAUGGCGGUCGAUAAGAAGGUAGCAGAUGGGCUUCUAAGGCUCAUCCUCCUUAAAGGUCCUCUUGGUAGUUGCGUUUUCACUGGGGACUAUGACAGGAAAGCACUAGAUGAGACUCUCCUAGCCUUCUGCAAAAGUUAAUUGCUAAAGCCUGUAGGUAAGAGUAAUUAUUAGAUGCGGAUACCGCACCUAGAGAUGCCUCCCAAUACUGCGUAUUUUAUGCUUAAGCUAUGCCUAUGUUAUGCGUAUUUACCGAGUAUACACUGUGUAUUGCAAGCAACAAAUAUUUAAUUGUGAGGAUUUGCUGCUUAUUUGUUGUGUGUAUACAAAUACGCAGAGUAUAAGCAGAACAUACGCAGUGUAAGUAUAGUGUACGCAUAACGUACAUAGUGCAUCCAAUAAUCCGGACGCAUCUCUAGGUGUUGUGUCCGCACCUAAUAAUUACUCGUAGGAUAAACGAAACUCUAGCUCCUCUUAUGAAGUUCUUUAUCUUACCUAUUGUUGUUUGUAAUAUAAUCGAGAAUGUUGAGUGUGAAUGCUCAUCAAUUUGUUUUUGGAGGGAGGAUUUUCCUUUGGGAAGAAGAAUAAUGGAGAGGAUGUGCUUGGCUUUCCUAUCUCAGUAUUUGCUGUGCCAUUAAUUGCAGGAGAUAUGUGCUGUCUUACC